AUGAGUAGCAAUACAUUCCCCGUCGAUCUCAAGCAGUUCAAGCAUCUCAAGCUUGACCCGAAAACCACACAGCUAUCAGCCCAACAAAAGAGCGAUCUGCAACACAACAUCAACAUCUUCAGAGAUGCCCUCAUUGCUUUCACAGCAACAGGUGCUGCCCGCGGCGUCUCAGGCCACACUGGCGGUCCCUUCGACACCGCCCCGGAAGUCUGCAUUUUGCUCGCAUUCAUGAACGCCAACCCCAAUAAAUGGGUCGAUGCUCUGUACGACGAGGCCGGCCACCGUGUCGCUACACAAUAUCUGCUCGCCGCGUUGGACGGCAAGAUCGCACCAGAUGACCUGUUGAAGUACCGUGCCGCUGAUUCCCACCUCCCGGGUCACCCGGAGCUCGGCCUUACCCCGGGCAUCAAGUUCAGCUCCGGUCGUCUGGGUCACAUGUGGGGCAUGGUGAACGGCAUUGCCAUGGCCAAUAAGGAUAAGAACGUUGUGAUGCUCGGAUCUGAUGGAUCUCAGCAAGAAGGAAAUGACGCCGAGGCUGCGCGCAUCGCGGUCGCCAAUAAGUUGAACGUUAAGCUCUUUAUCGAUAACAAUGACGUCACAAUCGCUGGGCAUCCCUCAGAAUACCUCAAGGGCUACGAGGUGAGCCGCACCCUUGACGGACAUGGUAUGAAGGUCCUGCGCGCACAGGGCGAGAACCUCGACUCCUUGUACCCUGCCAUGUGCGAGGUGAUCAACUACGAUGGUCCCGCUGCUGUGGUUGUCGACCGCAAAAUGGCUCCUGGUAUCGAGGGUAUUGAGGGCGAGUGCCAUGCGCACGACGUGAUCACCGUGGAUAUUGCCCGCAAGUACCUUACCAAGCGUGGAUACAGCGAGAAGCAGCUUGCUUUCUACGAUGAGAUUAAGCCUGGCUCCAACCCUCACACAUAUAAGGGUUCCACCAAGGACAAGGGUGCUAACCGGACUAUCUUCGGUGACGCCGUGAACGAUAUUCUUGAUAAACUGAGCAAGGAGGAGGCCCAGCGCCGCGUUAUGGUCAUCGACUCGGACUUGGCAGGUUCCACGGGGCUGAAGGCCAUCGGUGCCAAGCACCCCGAGUCCUUCGUUGCAUCCGGUGUGAUGGAGCGCGGCAAUUUCUCUGCUGCUGCUGGAUUCGGAUUCGGCAGCAAUGGAGAGCGCCAGGGUGUCUUCUCCACCUUCUCUGCCUUCCUGGAGAUGUGUAUUUCCGAGAUCACCAUGGCCCGUUUGAACGACUGUACCGUUCUAUCACACUUCUCGCACAGCGGUAUUGACGAGAUGGCGGACAACACCUGCCACUUCGGUCUGAACCACUUCUUCGCCGACAACGGUCUGAUGGAUUCCGGCAGCACAUCUCUGUACUUCCCUGCCGACGGCGAACAGAUGAAGGCCGUUGUUAACGAGGUCUUCUGGAACAAGGGCCUGCGCUUCAUCUUUUCCACUCGUUCCAAGGUCCCCUACAUCCUGAAGGAAGGCACCGACGAGAAGCUCUUCGGCAAGGGCUACAAGUUCGUCCCUGGCAAGGAAGAGAUCAUCCGCAAGGGCUCUGCUGGAUAUAUCGUGUCGUACGGUGACAUGCUCUACCGCUCGCUCGAUGCGGUUGAGAACCUGCGCGCAGAGGGUAUUGACGUUGGUCUGAUCAACAAGCCCACUCUCAACGUGGUCGACGAGGAGACCAUCAAGGUUUACGGAUCUUCACCGUUCGUCCUGGUCGUUGAGUCGAUUGCCCAAAAGACCGGUCUCGGCUCUCGCCUUGGUACCCACCUUCUACAGCGCGGCUUGACACCUAAGUUCAAGUCCAUCGGUGCUGUCAGGGAGGGCUGCGGUGGUCUGUACGAGCAAGUGAAUGCUCAGGGUCUUGGACCCAGCAAAAUCAUCGAUGCCGUCAAGGAGAUUGCCGGACAGUGA